AUGGGAAACCAGGAAGAAAAGCUGACCACGGCGGAAUCUAGCUCCAGGUCUGUGGACACGCUAGAUUCUUUGAGCUAUGGAAAGCAGCUCGAGGAGGUUCGCAUCUCCAAUACGCAGCAUGGCACCUCAGUACAAACUGGCGUGGAUGUCACGGCGGCAGAGAAGGACUUUUCGGAAUUGAACCGACAGUUUUCGAGUAUCUCACACCAAGCCCAUAGGCUGUCCACCCAGGCGUCUCGAGUAUCAAAGAAUGGAGCCACCACACACGACAUUGAGAAGGCAGAGGGAUCUACUCAGUCAGAUGACUCAUGGGAUCUGGAGACCUCGCUUCGUGGUGAUCGCGUUGCUGCCGAGGAAGCUGGAAUUAAAGACAAACAUAUCGGUGUAAUUUGGAGCGAUCUCUCCGUUCGAGGAAUGGGAGGCGUCAAAACCUUUAUCAAAACUUUCCCAGAUGCGAUCAUCGAUUUCCUCAACGUCCCCGGAACAAUAAUGGAUAUGUUUGGAUGGGGCAAGAAGGGCCAGGAAUUCAAUAUCUUGGAAGGUUUCCGGGGCCUUACACGCCCCGGUGAGAUGGUAUUAGUCCUUGGACGUCCAGGAUCGGGCUGUACAAGUUUCCUCAAAGUCAUUGCAAACCAACGCUUUGGAUACACUGGCGUGGAUGGCGAGGUGCUCUACGGACCAUUUCAAUCGGAUACAUUUUCAAAGCGAUUCCGCGGUGAAGCCGUAUACAACCAAGAAGACGAUGUGCAUCAGCCUACCCUAACUGUGAAACAAACUCUUGGAUUUGCCCUCGACACAAAAACCCCCCGCAAGCGACCACUCGGGGUUUCGAAAUCCGAAUUCAAGGAGAAAGUUACGGACUUACUUCUGAAAAUGUUCAAUAUUGAGCACACUGCCAAUACUGUGAUUGGUAACCAGUUUAUUCGGGGUGUCUCUGGAGGUGAACGACGCCGCGUUUCAAUCGCUGAAAUGAUGAUCACCUCUGCAACGGUUCUGGCUUGGGAUAACAGCACGCGUGGUCUAGACGCCUCCACUGCUCUCGAUUUUGCCAAGUCGCUACGCAUCUUGACGAACAUCUACAAAACAACCACCUUCGUCUCUCUCUAUCAGGCGUCCGAGAACAUCUACAAACAAUUUGACAAAGUUCUAGUCAUUGAUCAAGGUCGUCAAGUCUUUUUCGGUCCUACUGCCGAAGCACGAGGUUAUUUCGAGGGCCUGGGAUACCGUGAAAAGCCUCGCCAGACCACUCCCGACUAUCUGACUGGUUGCACCGAUCCUUUCGAGAGAGAAUUCAAAGAUGGGAUGAGCGCGGAAAAUGUCCCAUCCACACCACAGGCACUGGUCGAAGCCUUCGAUAAAUCCACUUUCAGCGAGAGAUUGGAUCAGGAAAUGAAGGCGUAUCGAGCCCAGAUUCAGGAGGAGAAGCAGAUCCACGAUGACUUUGAGCUGGCUAAUAAGGAAGCGAAGCGAAAGUUCACUUCUGAAUCUUCUGUAUACUCUAUCCCCUUCCACUUACAGAUCUGGGCUUUGAUGCAACGCCAGUUCCUCCUCAAAUGGCAAGACAAGUUUGCUUUGACGGUCUCUUGGGUUACCUCCGUUGGUAUUGCCAUCAUUCUCGGUACUGUGUGGCUCCAUCAGCCCAAGACUAGUGCUGGUGCAUUCACUCGUGGAGGUCUUCUUUUCAUUAGUCUGCUGUUCAAUGGAUUCCAGGCAUUCUCUGAACUCGCAUCUACCAUGCUGGGACGCUCAGUUGUCAACAAACACCGGUCCUUUACGUUCUACAGACCGAGUGCGCUUUUCAUUGCACAGAUCAUCAUCGACACUGCCUUUGCGAUUGCACGAAUUCUGGUAUUUAGUAUCAUCGUGUAUUUCAUGUGCGGACUGGUUCUCGAUGCCGGAGCAUUCUUCAUUUUCGUCCUCAUCAUUCUCGAGGGAUAUGUGACUAUGACGGUGUUUUUCCGAACCGUCGGAUGUCUUUGCCCUGAUUUCGAUUAUGCCAUCAAAUUUGCCUCGGUCAUUAUCACGUUCUUCGUUUUGACUUCUGGAUACCUGAUUCAGUGGUCCGGCGCUCAGGUUUGGCUGCGAUGGAUCUUUUACAUCAACCCCUUUGGUCUUGGAUUUGCAUCCCUGAUGGUCAAUGAGUUCAGACAUCUUACUUUGACAUGCACGAAAGACUCGCUUGUGCCAACAGGCGACGGCUACGGAGACAUCGCAAACCAGGCAUGUACAUUGGCAGGUGGUGAGCCUGGCUCUGCAAUCAUCCCGGGUUCCAACUACCUUGCGCAUACAUUCAACUACUACAAUAGUGAUCUCUGGAGAAACUUUGGAAUCAUGAUUGCUCUGAUUGUUGGCUUCCUCGCCUCGAACCUUUAUUUCGGAGAAACACUUCAGUUUGGAGCCGGGGGCAAAACCAUCACCUUUUUCCAGAAGGAGAAUGAAGAGCGCAAAAAAUUGAAUGAAGCUUUAAUGGAAAAGAAAGUACGCAGACAGACAAAGACUCUUGAUACCGAAGAAGGAUCGAAACUGGAAAUCACUUCCAAGUCUGUCUUUACAUGGGAGGAUGUUUCCUACGAAGUUCCAGUUCCAUCUGGUACUCGACGUCUCUUGAACUCGGUCUAUGGCUACGUUCAACCCGGCAAACUGACCGCAUUGAUGGGUGCAUCUGGUGCAGGCAAGACGACAUUGCUGGAUGUCCUGGCUGCGAGAAAGAACAUUGGUGUUGUGACUGGAGAUAUUCUGGUAGAUGGAAAGCCGCCGGGCACUUCCUUCCAACGAGGAACAUCCUAUGCUGAACAACUUGAUGUCCAUGAAGAUAUGCAGACCGUACGAGAGGCUCUGCGCUUUUCGGCAGAUCUUCGUCAGCCCAUCGACACACCUCAGUUGGAAAAGUACGCUUAUGUGGAGGAAAUCCUUACUCUGCUGGAACUAGAGAACCUCGCCGAUGCAAUCAUUGGCACCCCUGAAACGGGUCUCUCGGUCGAAGAGAGAAAGCGUGUCACUAUUGGAGUUGAACUUGCGGCAAAGCCUGAGCUUCUCCUCUUCUUAGAUGAACCGACCUCUGGUCUGGAUAGUCAAUCUGCCUGGAAUAUCGUCCGUUUCCUGCGGAAAUUGGCAGCUUCAGGCCAGGCUAUCCUUUGCACGAUCCAUCAACCGAACUCUGCCCUCUUUGAAAACUUCGAUCGUCUACUUCUCCUUCAACGAGGUGGUGAAUGUAUCUACUGUGGUGACAUUGGAUCCGACUCUGAGAUCUUGCUCGAUUACUUCCGUCGCAAUGGUGCUGACUGUCCCCCGGAUGCCAAUCCUGCUGAAUGGAUGCUUGAUGCCAUUGGCGCUGGUCAAACACGUCGGAUCGGAGACCGUGACUGGGGUGAUAUCUGGCGUACAUCUCCUGAACUGGAACAGGUCAAGGAAGAAAUCAUUCAGAUCAAAGCAAGCCGAGCCCAGGCGGUUCGAGACAACACCGAUGAAGACAAAGUGGAGAGAGAAUAUGCCUCGCCUCUGUGGCAUCAAAUCAAGGUUGUUGGCCGUCGGACUAACCUAUCCUUCUGGCGCUCGAGAAACUAUGGCUUCACCAGACUCUACACCCACAUUGUCAUUGCUAUUAUCACAGGUCUUGUUUUCCUGAACCUAGACGACUCACGCUCUUCACUGCAGUACCGCAUUUUCGUCAUUUUCAACGUCACUGUCCUCCCAGCUAUCAUCCUUCAAAUGGUCCAGCCGCGCUACGACAUGGCUCGUCUCAUUUUCUACCGCGAAUCAGCCUCAAAGACAUACAGCCAAUUUGCUUUCUCCCUGUCAAUGGUCAUUGCCGAGAUGCCAUACAGUAUCCUGUGCGCAGUCUGCUUCUUCCUCCCACUCUACUACAUUCCAGGUUUCCAGAGCGAAUCCAGCCGAGCUGGCUACCAAUUCUUGAUCAUCCUUAUCACAGAGAUCUUCUCGGUCACGCUGGGUCAAAUGAUCUCAGCAUUGACGCCCAACAGCUUCAUCGCUUCUCAACUCAACCCCCCAAUCGUGAUCAUCUUCUCACUUUUCUGUGGUGUUGCCAUUCCCAAGCCACAAAUGCCAGGCUUCUGGCGCGCAUGGCUAUACCAGCUCGACCCGUUCACCCGCUUAAUCGGUGGCAUGGUCGUGACAGAGCUCGAGGGCCGGGAUGUCGUUUGCAACGAGUCUGAAUUGAACCUGUUCAACGCUCCCUCCAAUCUCACCUGCGGUGAAUACAUGAAGCCGUUCUUUGAGAGCGGUGGUAAUGGAUACAUCGUCGAUGAUGGAGCACAGGCUUGUAAGUACUGUGCUUAUAAGGUCGGAGAACAAUUCUAUGCCGCCUUCAGCAUGUCCUUCGAUCACAGGUGGCGUGACUUGGGUAUCUUUGCUGCUUUUAUUGGAUCUAACUUGAUCCUCUUGUUCUUGGCAUCGCGAUACCUGAACUUCAACCGACGUUAA